GCCCUACACUGCGAGCUGCCCGUCUGGGCCCGGCACUGCCUGCGCGCGAUAGCGGGAGCUGCCUCGGACUCCAGGCCAGCCGCGCAGCGCCGUCGACUCGGGCACCGCUGCCCAUGGUGCCUCUCCGGAGAGCCUCUCAACGCGGGCGCCGCAGCCUCGACCGUCGUCGCGAUCCCUUCGCAUGGCACGACGAGCGCGACACGCCCAUCAUGACCGCCACCUUCCCCAUCCACCCCCUGCCGUCCAUGCAGGCCGCCUUCGAGGAGUCGAUGCUCGACGCGACCGGCGAGACCGGCUUCGUGCCCUUCAAAACCCCCGGCCGCGGCGUCAAGACCCGCCAGCAGCUGCUGUGCAGAGAGGCCGACGCCGAGGAGCUGGCCUACAACUACACCUACAGCUGCCAUUGGCGCCACCACCCCAAGGGCAAGCACCACCCCUUGCUCAAGACCAUCACCCAGAUCGUCUUCGGCGUGCACCUGCUGCACCAGCGCCUCGAAAAGUCCACCGCCGACGUCGCCGACAUCCUGCUCAAGCACGUCAACGAGCUCGACAGCUUCCUGCAGCGCGCCAACGAGGACCUCGAGCAGAGCAUGAAGGACAUGCUCUUCCGCCAUAAGUGCCUGCGCGUGCCCAUGGAGCACGUCAACGAGUUCGACCGUCUGCUCGACGACCGCUCCUACCGCGCCUCGUUGCUGGACGGCAACAUCACCAUCGAGCGCACCAUCAACCGCAUGUCGCAGCUGCUCAACGACUACCUCGUCGACAUCAGCAUCUACCGCGACGCCAACCACGAGCUGGAGCACUACCUGCGCGACAUUGGCGACGAGUGGGCCUACCACAACGAAGAUGUCGGCCGCAUCUACUCGGCCAUGUGUGGAAACACGGGUGGCUGGGCUCAAUUUUUACAGAGUCUCGUGACCAAGGCCGAACGUCUCGGCACUGUGCUGGUGCAAGUUAGCAGUUAUUGCAAUGAGAUUGAGAAGCGCUGUGGUGCCGCCAGUCGGCGAAGUCUGAUUGCGACCACCUCAUCAUCGCGAAACUCAUCCAAAUCAAACGUACGCGACAAUGGUCGUCGAGCCUCUCGAAAAGGCUCACAGAAUAAACCUCUUCCCACGCCGCCCACGCCACAGGUGCCCGUGAUUCUCACCGCUGCACAGCCAGACCCCAGAGGGUUCCCUGAUGCAGAAGUCCGUGGCCGCCCCAUCUCACGCGUGCCACAUUACCAGCCGCAGCCUGAGCCCGUAAACCCGUACAUGGCUGGAAGUCGCCAACAACAGGUUGAGCUUCCCGCCUCGUCCCCAGCGCCUGCUUCUCGUCCUGAUGUGCAUGUGCCAAGCCAGCCUGCACAAAGCCAGCAAAUCCAACAGAGCCUACAAAGCCAGCCCGCCCCAAAGCAACCCGAACCCAAACAACCCGCACCAAAGCAACCCGAGUACCACCACGAAGCCUGGCACAACGAAGAGCAAAGUAAGGCUACCGCACAACCCCAGACAGAAGCAGGCCGCAUGGGCCACAAGCACGGCCAUCGGCGAGCGUCCAACAAAGAAGGAGAUAGUCCGCCCGUGACAGCAAAGGACUCAGCUUACUCUUCAUUAUCAGGGGCUUCGAUCAUGUCGCCGACUAGCGCAGCAUCGCCACGUUCGGCGUCUUCGAACGCUCAGUUUGGCCUGUUUCCGAGCAGUGCCCAGCAUACACCUAAACAGUCCUUGUCUGGUCGCGUGGGUUCUAUAACACCAUCUACUUCAUCAAAUCUACGAUCAGUAAAAUCUGCCGAUCCGCCAGAUCGGCCCCCAACUUCUGCAAGCACUUACUCAGAGACGCCGGCAAGUAAAAGACUGCUCAAAAGGGGCAGUCUUCAGUCGCUCAGGCGUUUCUUCACAAAGAAGAAGAACGACAUACAUACCAUUGCGGAGUGAGCCACAUACCCUUACAUUUGAUUUGUAUCAUUUCAAGCGGGCGUUGUCUG